GUUUCACUUUCAUUUUAGCACGAGCUGCGUUUCUGAGUAUCAACAAUCGUCGAUGUCCAGAAGGUUUACAAAACGUUGACACACAUAGAUAACAAUAUAUUAUUUCUUUAGAUAGUAUUUAUCAAAGAAGCUAAGUCAGAAUGAGUUCAACGUGACUUACAGCGAGAUUUGAUGUUAGCAGACGACGUUAAUGGUCAAAGUUCAAGGAAGCUUAAACCUACAGGUUGUUGUGGUGAUCAUCUUUUAAUUGAUGCUUCAAAGAUGGAAUUACCAUUUGACCUCCAGAUAUCAAUCCAGGAUACAGAUUUAUGGUUUUCCAUGCUAACUAUAAUGUUCAACCCUUUAUUCUGGAAUGUGGUUGCCAGAUGGGAAUACAGAAACCACACAUUAACUAAAGUUUUUGGAUCUCCACAAAGAGGAUGUAUAUUUCUUGGAUCUACAAUUUUCUCACUGGGAUUGUUCAGGGAUUAUAGGUUUAAUGUAGCACUUGAUAGCCAACCUAAAUGGCCUGUGUUGUAUGAGAACUGGAUUCUACUAUUAGGAUAUGGGUGUAUAUUGUUUGGUUUGACUUUAGUUCUUACAAGCUAUUGGGCAUUAGGCUUCUAUGGAACUUUUUUAGGAGAUUAUUUUGGUAUAUUGAUGGACAGAAGAGUGACAGAAUUUCCAUUUAAUAUAUUUAACGAUCCUAUGUAUGUAGGAUCUGCAUUUAGUUUUCUAGGAACCUCAUUAAUAAAAGCCAGUCAGACAGGGAUAUUUUUAACCAUUUUUGUUGUCACUUGUUACAGAAUUGCCACAUAUUUUGAAGGGCCAUUUACAGCCCACAUCUACAGCCAGAAGAGGAAGACAUAACAACAGCAAUUGGUGGCCGUGUCUGCGACAUAAGCUCAUUUACAUUGUCUCAGGUUUUAAAUGAACAUUUUAAUAUGAUUGUUAAUUAUUUUUUAUUUACAAAUAUACACCAAUCAGGUGUAUUGUUAAUUUUAAUAAAUACAGAAUGAACAAUU